GAGAACCAAGCCUGAAAGGACAGUCUGGGGGUUUGCUCUGGCUAUAAGAACACAGCACAUAUACGGGAGUGGAUGCUCAGAUACAACAAUUGCUCACAUCCUUUCCUGUUGACCAUAUCACAAUUACGUUGCUAGUUUCUAGUACGCUUAACCAAAAUGGGCGACCCUGGCGAGAUGACUAACCCUAAGCUCAAGACCAAGCUCUGGGAGUACGGUAAUCGCAGGAGGACGGAUGGUCCAUACGUCGACAAUCUAGAGGUCGACGCUCUUGUCGUUGGUGGUGGCUUCGGCGGAGUUUUCUGUUUUUAUUCUCUCCGCAAGGCAGGAUUGAACACAGUCAUUUAUGAGGCUGGUACCGACCUCGGUGGCACCUGGAGAUGGAAUUGCUAUCCUGGAGCCAUGGUGGACUCCGAAGUCCCAGAGUACCAACUAUCAAUCGAAGAGACCUGGAAGACGUACAACUGGCCAUCGAACUAUCCAACAUACAAAGAACUCCGAGAUUACUUUGAUCAUUGCGACAAUGUUCUCGACAUUAAGAGCAACACUGCCUUUGAAAGUGUUGUCACCGGAGCCCAAUUCAAUACGGACGAAGGUCGCUGGCACGUCAAAACAGCCGACGGCCGCACGGCCAAAGCUAAGUAUCUGGUCAUCGCAGCAGGAUUCGCUGCCAAGCGUUAUGUACCCAACUGGCCAGGUAUCGAAAAGUUCAAAGGUGUUCUUCAUCACUCAUCCUUCUGGCCAGAUGAGGAGAUCGAUGUCAAGAACAAGAAGUGUGCUAUCAUCGGCACCGGUGCAUCUGGGGUUCAGAUCACGCAAGCAUGGGGGCCUGUUGCCGGUGAGCUGAAAGUCUUCCAGCGUACGCCAAACUUGACAGUACCCAUGCGCCUUCGUUCUCUCACUGCCGAGGAACAAUGGGCCGGCAAGAAAUGGUACAAAGAGCUCUUCCACCUGCGUGAAAGCUGUUUCGGCGGCUUUCUCUACACCUUCUCUGAGAAGAAUACUUUCGAAGACAGCCCGGAAGAGCGUGAGCGCUUCUUCGAACAACUCUGGUCUGACGGUGGCUUCCGUUACUGGCUUGGCAACUAUAAGGAUUAUCUCUUCGACCCCAAGGCCAAUCGUGCAGUCUAUGAUUUCUGGCAGAAGAAGCAGCGCGAAAGGCUCAAGGAUCAGCGACACCGUGACAUUCUUACGCCUGUGGAGCCGCCUCAUCCAUGGGGUGUGAAACGCCCAUGCCUUGAAUAUAGGUAUCUUGAGCAAUUCAACCGACCUAAUGUCGAUGUCGUUAACAUCAAGAAUAACCCGAUCGCCGAAUUUAAUGAGACAGGUAUAAAACUCCAAGACGGCACGCAGUACGAUUUCGACAUCAUUUGCAUUGCCACUGGCUUCGACGUUGUCACAGGCGGCAUGACAGCUAUGGGCCUGCAGAACAUCAAUGGCAGAACACUCGAAGAUGAGUGGAAGCAAUCCGCCGUAACAUAUCUUGGGACCACUGUUCCAGGGUAUCCAAACAUGUUUCAUCUCUACGGCCCACAAGGACCGACGUUACUGAGUAACGGACCAACCUCUGUCGAAAUCCAGGGCAGAUGGAUUACCGAUGCUAUCAAACACAUGGAAAAACAAGGCAUUAAGUACAUCAACCCCUCAGACUCUGCAAGCAAAGCAUGGAAGAAGAAGAUUAACGAUCUGAGCGACAAAUCUUUGUUCCCGACCACGAAGAGCACUUACAUGGGCGGAAGCAUGCCAGGGAAAGCCUUUGAGCAUACUUGCUAUGCAGGGGGUAUGUAUAAUUACAGUCAGGAAAUUCGGAACGUACUACCGAACUUUGACGGAUUUGAAAUCGUGAAGCUGUGAAUGGCCUAGCCUGGACAGAAAACAAUCAAUGGAAGGGUAUAUUUGUCGAACGAAAGCAUAAGUUUUGGUGUGAAAAUCGUACUAUUU